CCGCUCCAUUCAAACACCGAGUGCGUCUCUGCUGCGGUGCGUUGCGCGCAGACUGGAGAGAGAUGACAAGAGCCCCGCGGAACUGGACACACAAACAUGGAUCUCUGUAAAACGCUGGUUUCGGUGCUUUGGAUAUUAUUGCUGAACAUAGAAGAAAACUGUCAUGCCGAAGAAGUGGUGCUGCUGAAUUCUAAAGAGACUCAGGCAGAGCUAGGCUGGACGUCCUACCCCCCCAAUGGAUGGGAGGAGAUAAGUGGUGUGGAUGAGAAGUACAAACCUAUCCGAACGUACCAGGUGUGCAACGUGAUGGAGCCCCUGCAGCAGAACAACUGGCUGCAGACAGGCUGGGUGCUGCGUCGUGGCGGCCAGCGCAUCUUCGUGGAGCUCCAGUUCACACUACGUGACUGCAACAGCAUCCCCGGUGUGGCGGGAACAUGCAAGGAGACGUUCAACCUCCUGUACGUGGAGACGGACAGGGACCUUGGGGGCGUGACCCGGGAAGACCGCUACACAAAGAUCGACACCAUCGCCGCUGAUGAGAGCUUCACGCAGGGUGACCUGGGCGAGAGGAAGAUGAAGCUGAACACGGAAGUGCGUGAGAUCGGACACCUCAACCGCAAGGGUUUCCACCUGGCGUUCCAGGACGUGGGCGCCUGCGUGGCCCUGGUGGCCGUGCGGGUGUACUACAAGCGCUGCCUGGCGACUGUGCAGAACCUGGCAGUGUUCCCCGACACGGUGGCCGAGGCGGCGUUCGCCACGCUGGUGGAGGUGCGCGGCAACUGUGUCAACAACUCCGAGGUGGACGCUGACAGCCCUCCCAGGAUGCAUUGCAGCGCCGAGGGGGAAUGGCUGGUGCCCAUUGGCAAGUGCAGCUGCAGCGCCGGCUACGAGGAAGGACACAGCAGCUGUGAAGCUUGUCCCCGUGGAUCCUACAAGAUGUCCUCCAGGCAGCAGGAGUGUUUUCCCUGCCCGGCCAACAGUGUAGCAGAGGAGGAAGGAUCGGUAGAGUGUGUGUGUGAGGAGGACCACUUUCGAACCCCGCUGGACACACCAUCAGCCCCAUGCACAAGGCCCCCCUCCCCACCUAGAGACUUGGUCUACACCCUGAAGCAGUCCACGCUGAUCUUAGAGUGGGCCGCACCAUCCGACACAGGUGGCAGGGUGGAUCUGACCUACAGCGUGGGAUGCCGGAGAUGCGUUGGAAGGCAGUGUGAGCCGUGUGGGCCGAGUGUAGGCUUUGUCCCUCAGCAGGUGGGGCUAACGGAAAGGACGGUGACCCUGGUCAAUCUCCUCCCCAACACCAACUACACCUUCACUGUGGAAGCCUUGAACGGAGUGUCAGAGCUGCUGCCCAACAAGCGGUUUUACACCCAGGUCAACGUGUCCACAAGCCUACCAGCACCCUCUCUGAUCAGCGAGCUGCGAGCGGAAAAGAUCGAGCAGAAGGGCAUCACUCUGGUGUGGAGGCAGCCUUCCUACCCAAACAGCAGCCGUACCGAGUAUGAGGUCAAAUACUACGAGAAGGAACAAAAGGAUCAGAGUUAUUCUACUGUGAAGACAGCCGCCACACGGAUCAGUGUCAACAACCUCAAACCCGGCACCACAUAUGUCUUCCUCAUCCGCCCUUUCUCCACGCCGGCCCCCUCCUCGUCCCUGUCCUCCUCCCCUCUGUCAUCCUCCGCCUCUUCGUCCUCCUCAACUUCUUCCUCAUCUUCUUCAUCGUCGUCAUCCUCCUCCUCUCCAGCACCCAUUGACUACGGAGCGUACAGCGCUCCCCUGGAGCUGCAAACACUUGGCGAGUUGGCACUGGCGUCCAGCGAACAGAAUCCAGUGGUGAUCAUCGUGGUCGUGUCUGUGGCCGCCCUGAUCAUGCUGCUCUCCAUGGGGGUUGGUCUGCUCAUCUGGAGGAGCAGCUCGAGCUCCUCCAAUGUAACUCCUGCUAGCGUGGUGCUGCUUUCGACCUCCUUCUCCACUCUUCCUCCUCCUCCUCCUCUUCUCUCUCCUCUUCCUCCCUUCACACAACUGAUGCCCAGACAAUGCGGCUACAGCAAGGCUUCUCAAGAGGGCGACGAGGAACUUUAUUUCCAGUUCAAGAUCCCGACAAGGAGGACCUACAUCGACCCGGAGACCUGCGAGGACCUGCUGCAGGCCGUGCACGCAUUCGCCAAGGAGCUGGACAACUCGAGCAUCAAGAUUGAGAGAAUUGUGCACACAGGUGACUUUGGGGAGGUGUGUCGCGGCUGCCUGAAGCUGCCCAGUAAGAGGGAGCUGCCCGUGGCCAUAAAGACCUUAAGGGCGGGCUGCUCUGAAAAACAGCGGCGAUCCUUUUUAAGCGAGGCCGGCAUCCUGGGGCAGUUUGACCACGCCAACAUCAUCCGGCUGGAGGGUGUCAUCACCACGGGUAACACCAUGAUGAUCAUUGUGGAGAGCAUGACUAACGGAUCCUUAGAUUCCUUCCUCAGGAAACAUGAGGGCCAGAUGAGUGUAAUGCAGCUGAUGGAUAUGCUGACCGGCGUGGCAUCGGGGAUGAAGUACCUCACCGAAAUGGGUUUCAUCCACAAAAGGCUGGCCGCACACAAGGUCCUGGUUAACUCCAACCUGGGCUGCAAGGUCUCUGGCUUCAGACCUCUUCAGGAGGACAAGAUAGAGGCCAUCUACACCACACUGCAUGGAGGCAAAAGUGUAGUGCUGUGGACCGCUCCGGAAGCCAUCCAGUACCACCGCUUCUCCUCCGCCUCGGAUGUCUGGAGCUUCGGCAUCGUCAUGUGGGAGGUCAUGUCCUAUGGAGAGAGACCCUACUGGGAUAUGGGCAACCAGGAUGUGAUCAAGGCGAUCGAGGAUGGUUUCAGGCUGCCGGCUCCAGUAAACUGCCCCCCACAUCUCCACCAGCUGAUGCUGGACUGUUGGCAGAAGGAGAGAACGGAGAGGCCCAGCUUCAGCCAGAUCCACUCAGCCCUCAGCAAGAGCAUUCGCUCCCCCGAUGGCAUUGGGUCCUCCACGUUGUCACGCAGAACCCUGAGUUCCUCCAUCACGCUCGCAGAGAGGCCGCUGCACUCCUUCCCAGCCUUUAACUCUGUGGGGGAGUGGCUGGAUGCGGUGGACAUGGGCCGAUACAAGGACAACUUCACCGCUGCGGGAUACUGCUACCUGGAGUCUGUGGCACGGAUGACUGUCCAAGAUGUGCUGAGUCUUGGCAUCACUUCCCUUGAGCACCAGAAGCUGAUACUGGCCGCCAUCCAGACCCUCAGAGCGCAGGUCAUUCAAAUGCACGGGCGCGGUGUGCAGGUCUAACUAACAGGGGGACGCGCCUGCUCUCAACCUGCACCUGCAGACCCACGUGUGUGCAGAUGGAUGAUGGGGGAGAGAACAGGAGAAAAAGGAGAGAGCACUCUUCCUGUCUGAAGGAAAGAAGAGCAGAUCUUUCAGCUAGCUGCACUCUAUCUACUCCUCCUUCCCACACGUCCUCAUGCCUUCCUUGAUUCCUUUCUUCCUUAUUUUUAUGAAACCUCUCAGAGAUGAGUUCCUGUUGCCGUAGGGGACAGCAGAGGAUUGAUGGCACUUGACUUUUUUUUGUGACCUCUAUCUGCACUUCAAUAACAAUGUCAGCUCAAUCAUGCUGCUUCUGGAUCAGUGCGUAAAGGCAGAUGAUAUAUUACCUGAGCAGGACGCUCUCUGUGUGAAACUGACCUCCAAGAUGUCGGACUGCCGACUAGUGCUUAAAGGAAAAAUAUAAGGGUAGAAUUUCCCUUUAACACAACAUUGAUUGACUAAAAACAGGAACUAUUUCCUUGGCCUUGGAUCAACUGCUCUGAUAAAGAAUCAUAUCAAUGUAUGUCAGAGCUGAUUUCAGAGGUUUCUGAUGACCCAACAUGGCUGCAGUAGCUUAAGAAGACUGUGCUGUCCCAUCUCAAGGAUCCAGUAAGAGUGAGGUUAGAUGAUGCCUCAAAAAGGCUAGCAUAGCAUACAAUGAAUUAGUGGUAUAUACAGUGUGCAGACGGGAUGAACACAGCUACAGCAGGUCCGAGGACGUUCAGGAACGUCAAACUGUUUUUUUUGUCUCCCUUGGGGCUACUGAUGGUCAAACAAAAGCUGCAGGAUAUAAUUGUAAAGGUUGAAAAAGUGUGUUUGAUUGUUCAUUAAUUUGUUGCGCGUCACUGUCUGUUUCACUUUCAUCGUUUUUUUAAAUUUCUCUUCUUUCCAGUUGUUUACUUUGUGCAUUUAAAACAUCUAAAGGCUUAUUUAUGGUUCAACGUCGACGCAACGCAAGGUACCUUACGGACCCAUUGCAUCGUUUCGGGCCCUCCUUGCGUCGUUGCGUGCACCUCCCAAAAAUGGUAACCUUGCGUUGAGGCGACGUAGCCGUAAGUGCUGUGAUUGGUCCGCUAAAACGACAAACGUCAUUUUGCUUUUCCCCGUUUUCCUACAAUCCAUAAAGACCAAGCAGAAGAGUGUCUGGUGAACGUCUGGUAAACAAAUACAACGAGCGCCGACGAUAGACAUCAAAAGAAUCUUGGUCAGUCUUUACAAAAAACAUUGCGCCCCAUAUCGUAGUAGCGAUGAAUUGCAUUGCGUCACGUAAAUCUGAUGCAGAACUAUAAAUGUUCACGGCUGUUGCGUUACGUCGAACCAUAUAUCGGCCUUAACUCUCCCUUUACCCUGCUGGAUGCCUACUCCAUACCGUGAUCCUCCUCUCACUACUCUGUAUAGAGCACGGGCUAAUUCUGGAAGAUGGCCAGAUUCAGAUAUUUAUCCAUAUUUAUUUAUGUUUACAGACUGUACCACAAGCCGCUGUAAAGAAGAGGUUAAGAGGGGUUAUUUAACUUAUAGUAUUUAAAAAAAAGAAGCAGUUGUGUUCUUGUUUUGUUUCUUCAUUUUACUGCUGAGUUUAUAACUGAACAAAUGAGUAGUUUUGUACACUGGAGGGUUUUUACUGUCAGCACACAGUAUCUGUGUAUUCUUGAACACUGGAGCUGGUACGGUUAAAAUUUAGGUCCAUUAUCUUUGGAUUCUCUGUAUACAUUACAGUGUGUGUGUUGCAGUAUGAAUACAGUAUUAAGGAAUGUCAUAUGGACUUUUUUUUCUCUAUGUAAAUGUUGGAUUAUCAUGUUGAAUUUUGCGUUGCUGUUAAUAUCGGGCUCUGCCAUGCUACGUGGUUGCACUUUUUUCCCAGAUACAUCCCAGAAAUCUCCCUGUACAGCGAUCUCCCCUUUUUUUUCAAUACCGGAGACUUGAGGGAGGAAGUUUAUUGGGGCAUUAUUUGAUUAUCAAAGAUUUUCACAAGAGAAGGUAC